UAUAUCGCUGUGCACAUUAAGUGCAUCUAAAAGGAAUUCUAAGCGCAUUUAAAACCCGGAAGGAUGGUCGUACACGCCAACCCGAGUCUAAUAUUUAACAGUCACCUGUCAUUGGGGGAAACGAAGGACCUGGUACACUGGCAGGGAUUACACCCGUCUGCGGCCGUGACAGGGGGGCCCUUCCCCGCUUCCCCCGAGCUGCCAACCUUGGAGCUCCAGUUCGCCAACGGGACGAACUCCACGGACUGCGGGGAGGAAAUCUUGCUGUACGGAGAUGUGGAGAAAGUCGUUAUCGGGAUUGUCCUUUCCAUCAUCACCCUAACCACCAUCGGCGGGAACUCGCUCGUCAUCAUCUCGGUCUGCACAGUUAAGAAGCUCAGACAGCCGUCUAACUACCUGGUCGUGUCGCUGGCCGCAGCGGACCUGUCGGUCGCCCUGGCGGUCAUGCCCUUUGUCAUCACCACUGACCUGGUGGGGGGGGAGUGGCUGUUCGGGAAGUUCUUCUGCAACGUGUUUAUUGCCAUGGACGUCAUCUGCUGCACUGCUUCCAUCAUGACACUGUGCGUGAUCAGUGUGGACAGGUACCUGGGGAUAACCAGACCCUUGACGUACCCGGUGCGGCAGAACGGGAAGCUGAUGGCGAAGAUGGUGUUCAUCGCAUGGCUGCUGUCCGCCUCCAUCACCCUGCCGCCCCUCUUCGGCUGGGCCACCAACGUCACGGUGGAGCGCGUCUGCCUCAUCAGCCAAGACUUCGGCUACACUGUCUACUCCACGGCCGUGGCCUUCUACAUCCCCAUGACGGUCAUGCUCAUCAUGUACUUCCGCAUCUACAAGGCAGCCAAGAUCAGCGCAGAGAAGCACAUGUUCAUGUACAUCCCGCAGCAGUACGACCGCGACGGGAUCUACAGCAUGGACCAGGAGAUGCGGGGGGCUCAGCACCGUCAUGUCUCUCGCCAGGACAGGGUGAUGGAAGAGUGCGCCACCCUCUCCAAGCUGCUCUGGCCUGACCGCAGGAACAUCUCCAUCUUCAAGAGGGAGCAGAAAGCUGCCAGGACCCUGGGCAUCAUCGUAGGUGCCUUCACCUUCUGCUGGCUGCCCUUCUUCCUCCUCUCCACGGCCAGGCCCUUCAUUUGCGGAAUUGAGUGCAGCUGCAUGCCUCUGAGGCUGGAGCGGACCUUGCUGUGGCUGGGCUACACCAACUCCCUCAUCAACCCCCUGAUCUAUGCCUUCUUCAACCGGGAUCUGAGGACUACCUUCUGGAACCUGCUCAGGUGCAAGUACAGAAACAUCAACCGGAGGCUGUCUGCAGCCAGCAUGCACGAAGCGCUGAAAGCGAAGGAGAGACCUUGACCUCAGUGCAUAUUGUAAAAUAACUGUAUAACUAAAUAAAGAAAAGCUUGUAUUUGAUGGAUUUCCAUGGUUGGCUAGUCUAACGACUUCAUGUGGCUAGUCUAACUAAAGUAUUUUAGGAGUGAAUUCUGACAUACACAAACACAUUAUUACAUAACAUGCAUAAAACGAAAAAUAAUAUGGAAAAACUAUUUUCAUACUUUGACAAAAGUAUUUGGGCAAUCAACAUAUUUUGUAUGAACCCAUUUGUAGCUAAUUAUUGACAAUGAUCAUGAUUGACAACCAACACCUGAUGAUUAUUAUAGAAUAAAUGAAUACAUAAUCAAAAUAAACUGGAAAUUUGUGAUUCAAAAAAGCAACAAAAAUGGUUAAGGAGUACAGCAGCAAUCUCAAAACGGCAGUGAUAACUACCAGAAAAUAGCAGAAAGACUCGGUUUUCCGAAAAGCUCUGUGUGACUAAUAUUGACAAACACAGGAGAACAGGAACUACUGCAACUAGCUCCAGGUGUGGAAGACCAAGAAAGAUUUCUGCAAAAUCUGGAAGAAGAAUCGUUCGAGCAGCCCGGCAAAAUCCUCGGAUUACUGCAAAAUAAUUGACACAAGAAUUGAUAGAAGAUGGUCAAGACAUUCACGAGUGAACAAUUCAACAAUUAAGAUGAAUGUCCGUGGGUGAAAACCAAGAUGCAAACCUUUGUUAAAAACAAUAGACAAAAGAAAACGAUUGAAAAAGCUUGAUGAUUUAUGUUCUUAUGAUCUUAUGUUCUUAUGUUCUUAUUUCUUCAACCAAAUUUUAUGGUCAGAUGAAUCCAAAAUAGAACCUUUUUCACCAAGAAAGCAACAAUAUAUUUGGAGUAAGAGAGGAGAAGAAUUUUAAGAAAAACUCACCAUGCCCAGUGUUAAACAUGGUGGAGGUUGUGUGAUGGUAUGGGCUUGUUUUUCUUCCUCAGGCACUGGUGAUUUCUAUUGUAGAAGGAUCAAUGAAUGUUGCAAAAUAGCAAGACAUUUUGCACUCUCAUUUGUUACCCAGUGCUAGAAGGCUUAUUGGACAAACUUUUGACCCUAAGCAUUCUGCAAAGCCUACAAAGGAUUUUUUUUUUUUUAAAAAGGAAGAUUAUAAUUAUGGAUUGGCCAUCUCAGUCCCCAGACUUGAAUCCCAUCGAGAUGUUGUGGAUUGACUUGAAAGAAACCAAAGUCGAUUGCAAAACUCAAAGCUGUUUGUGUUGAAGAAUGGGCAAAAAUAUCUCCAGAAAGAUGCCAGGAACUUGUUUCAACAUACAAAAAAAGACUGCAAGCUGUAAAGGAAGCAAAGGAUGGGCACACAAAAUACUAAUGUAAGGGUGAACAAAUACUUUUGUCAAAGUAUGAAAUUAGUGUUAGCAUGUUAUUUUUCAUGUUACGUAAUAUUUGUUUUGUUUGAUUAUAAAGCUGAAUCUCUACCUUUAUUUGUAUUUUCAGUAGAACAAUAAUAAUUUAUAGAAAUCACUUGCUUUGUGGUUUUUCUCAUUUCUUGUAACUGCCCAAAAUAGUUAGUACAUACAGUACAUAUGUCAAGACAGAUUAAUGAGCUGAAAUAUCACACUGUCACACGCUCCUUUCAAUAAAAGAUGUACUAGUA